CGACACUUUAUUUAGGACGGUCAUGAAAUUCCCAAGUUUCAAUUAAAUAAAACACGCCCACAGUGACAACGCGGACACACGGCACUAAUCAUGCCAGUAAUUAACCCAACAAUGCGUUCAACUGAUUAACAUGAUUCAAAGUGUAAAUCUACACUCAAAUAACGUUGAUUUGUGAUUGCAUGUGUCACGAACAUCAAACAGAACAGACAUAAUAAACGAGCAGACAUCAUUUAGUGUCACAUUACACUCUGGACGAACAAAAUUGGCAUUCAUUAACAUACGCCGGUCCCAACAUGUCACCGAUUGUGGCUCUUCAUUGUCUCGUUAUUUUCGGCACAAGUUUAAUAUCAGCCACCACCGUCACGUGGCUCCCGAAUUCAAGCUUCAAGUUACCGGACAGUUUCAAAGAUCGGAAACUUCCUUGUUCUAAACAAACAGUUGUGUUCCCACAGACGAUUGUCGGCUCCGUAGAAAUUGCAUCCGAGACUAAAGUUGGAGGAUUCAUCUUACCAGAAGACGGCGAACUGAUUUUAGAGGGCUUGUUAUCUUUUGGCGCAGAUCCUGCAGAUACUAACUGCACUGAAGGGAACGCCUACUACAUAGAUAAAACAGGAUCUUCGUGGAACCAAGCAGAUGUCUGGAGCUCUCCUAAGUUCAACAAAGCAACUCCUGACUCGGAUAGAAUACCGUGCUUUAACGAUAUCGUGGUAUUUCCAAAGGAUACAAAGACAACAGUGACUUUACCGUCAUUAACGCAGUAUGUCAAAGAAAUUAGAAUUGGAAACGACAGUUUUACUAAUACUGCAGAGUUUAGAGACCAUAUAACUUUGCAUAUGCGAGACGACACACAACAGUUUGUUGUAAAUGACUAUUCAGUGAUUGGUGUGACGAUCGGUCAUCCCAUGCGUUGUUCGCAGUUCGGAUGUGCGUGCCAAAAUAUUCCUUUGGAAAUAGAUUGCUCAGCUAAGUUUUGCCCAAAACCGGAAUGUGUGGAACCAAUCAAACCUCUCGGGUUUUGUUGCGAUAUCUGUGGCGGCUACUUAUUGUUCGAUGCGGACGAAGGAUUCGACAUGAAAACGUUUGGGGAGCUCGUUGAAGGCAUUGCCGGUGAGAGCGGAAAGAACGAUAUCGAAUAUUACAUCGGGUUUACGCCGGAAAUUCCUUUUAGAAGAAUUCAACUCGUGGUAGUCGACAAAGGUGAAUACGAAGGGUCUAGUGCGGAAAUCAUCAAUUCUAUUAGCUAUGCUCUCCACGAUCAUUGGGUGAAAGGGCACAAGGUUGCUCAGAUAAGCGGCAGUCCUUUGUAUAAGGCGGGUUUGGGCGGUAAAAUCUUUGUGUCCAUGUUUUUCGCUGUGAUUUUAACAUUGGGAGCUUUGUACGUGUACUAUUAUAAGAUCCCGGAGCUACGGAUCCCGAUAGUGUCGAGACAUAUGCCUGCUGGUAUAUUCUCAAGGUUCGACAGGAGGUCUGACAGUGUAGUGAGUUUAACGAGAAGAGACAGUGUGAUCAGUGCCGCUUCUAGAAGUAAUACUGCGUUCAGGAAUCCGCUGUACAACUCUAAAAGGGGGCGUGUCCAAGUGACUGAGUCUGCAUCGGUAGCGGAAGAGUAAUUUAUGUGAGAUUGUUAUAAGUAGGUACAUUUAGAGGUAGAUGUUAUUUUUAUAUAUAACAUAACAUAACAUCACGCCUUUUACCCCC